CGCCGGGUCCGCGUCGUCCCUCCCCGGGGGGCGCACCCCGCUCCCCGCCCGGCCGCGACGAUGAAGGAGCUGUGCCGGAUCUGCGGCCGGGAGCUGUGCGGGAACCAGCGGCGCUGGAUCUUCCACACGGCGUCCAAGCUCAACCUCCAGGUCCUGCUGUCGCACGUCCUGGGUAAAGAUGUCUGUCGCGACGGCCGAGCCGAGUUCGCUUGCAGUAAGUGCGCCUUCAUGCUCGAUCGCAUCUACCGGUUCGACACGGUCAUCGCGCGCAUCGAAGCGCUCUCCAUCGAGCGCCUGCAGAAGCUGCUGCUGGAGAAGGACCGCCUCAAGUUCUGCAUCGCCAGUCUGUAUCGGAAGAACAACGACGACGCCGGCGCCGAGCCCCGGGCGGCGGGCGGCGGGACGGUGGACAUUUCCGGCUUGCCCGACGUGAGGUACUCGGCCCUGCUCCAGGAAGACUUCGCCUACUCCGGGUUCGAGUGCUGGGUGGAAAAUGAAGAUCAUCAGCUCCAGGAGCCGCACAGCUGCCACGCUCCUUCCGAAGGCCCCGGAGCCCGACCCAGGAGAUGCCGGGGCUGCGCGGCUCUGCGAGUGGCAGAUGCUGACUACGAAGCCAUUUGCAAGGUGCCGCGAAAAGUGGCCAGGAGUAUCUCCUGCGGCCCCUCGAGCCGGUGGUCCACCAGCAUCGGCACGGAAGAUCCGGCCCUGUCCGAGGUCGGACCCCCCGAUGCCGCCAGCGCGAAAGGACCCCCGGACGGAGAGAGCAUGGAGGAAGGGACGCCGGCUUCCUCCGUGGAAUCUCUGGAUGCAAGCGUCCAGGCCAGCCCUCCCCGCCACAAGGACGACGAGGCCGAGAAGAGUGUCCGGGAGCUGGCCAAGUGUGACUGCUGCUGCGAGGAGCAGCAUCUGUGUCACCCCAGACUGGAGCUGGCUCUCAGUAUGAUUAAAGGGCUUGAUUACAAACCCAUUCAGAGCCCCCGCGGGAGCAAGCUUCCCAUUCCCGUGAAAUCCAGCCCACCUGGAACCAAGCCCGGCCACGGCGGGACAGAUGGAGUCAGUUCCGGUUUCCUGAACAGGUCUUUGAAACCCCUUUACAGGACACCUGUAAAUUAUCCCUUGGAGAUUGCAGACCUGCAGGAGCUGUGGGAUGAUCUCUGUGAGGAGUAUUUGCCACUUCGGGUCCAGUCUGUAUCGGAAGACCUACUCAAACAACAGAAGCUGAAUUCAAAUGAGACUGUCAUAACCCAGCAGACUGUGUGUGAUUCCCACUUGGCAGAACUCCAGCAUAAAAUACAGCAAACAGAAGCCACCAACAAGAUCCUUCAAGAGAAGCUCAAUGAAAUGAGCUAUGAGCUAAAGUCUGCUCAGGAGUCAUCGCAAAAGCAAGAUGGUACAAUUCAAAGCCUCAAGGAAAUGCUAAAAAGCAGAGAAAGUGAGAUUGAGGAGUUGUACCAGGUGAUUGAAGGUCAAAAUGACACAAUGGCAAAGCUUCGGGAAAUGCUGCACCAAAGCCAGCUUGGACAACUCCAUAGCCAGGAAGGCAUUACCCCAGCCCAGCAGCAGGUGGCGCUGCUUGAUCUUCAGAGCGCGCUCUUCUGUAGCCAGCUUGAAAUACAGAAGCUGCAGAGGGCGGUGCAACAGAAAGAACGCCAGCUGGCCAAUUCCAAGCAACACAUGCAGCUUGUGGAGGCGGCAGCCCAGGAGAGGGAAAGGCAGAAAGAAGCCUCUUGGAAACAUAACCAGGAUUUGCGAAAAGCUUUGCAGCAGCUCCAAGGAGAAUUGCAAACUAAGAGCCAACAGCUUCAUACCUUGGAGGCUGAAAAAUACCAUGAGAUUCGAACACAGGAGCAAACCAUUCAGCAUCUAAACCAUAGUCUGAGUCACAAAGAGCAGCUGCUUCAGGAAUACCAGGAGCUCUUACAGUAUCGCGAUAAGUCAGACAAAACCCUUGAAACAAAUGAGCUGUUGCUUGAAAAGCUUCGGCAACGGAUACAGGAUAGAGCUAUUGCUCUAGAGCGAGCUAUAGAUGAAAAAUUCUCUGCUCUAGAAGAAAAAGACAAGGAACUCCGUCAGCUUCAUCUUGCUGUGAGAGAGCGAGAUCAUGACUUAGAGAGGCUGCGUGGUAUCCUCUCUUCCAACGAAGCUACCAUGCAGAGUAUGGAGAGUCUGCUGAGGGCCAAAGGCCUGGAAGUAGAACAGUUAACAGCUACCUGUCAGAACCUCCAGUGGCUGAAAGAAGAAUUGGAAACCAAACUGAGCCACUGGCAGAAGGAACAAGAGAGUAUUGUUCAGCAGUUGCAGACAUCUCUGCAUGACAGGAACAAAGAGGUUGAGGGUCUUAGUGCAACAUUGCUCUGCAAGCUUGGCCCGGGGCAGAGUGAAAUAGCUGAGGAGUUGUGCCAGCGUCUGCAGCGAAAGGAAAGGAUGCUGCAGGACCUGCUGAGUGACCGCAGCAAACAAGCUGUGGAGCACGAGAUGGAGAUCCAAGGCCUGCUUCAAUCUCUGAGCACUCGGGAGCAGGAGAGCCAAGCUGCCGCAGAGAAGAUGGUACAAGCGCUGAUGGAAAGAAAUUCAGAACUACAGGCCUUGCGCCAGUACUUAGGAGGGAAAGACUUGACAAUAUCCCAGACUCCCAUCGCUAACCAGCAAGUGGAUGCUCCCUCCAUCGGCCCCCAUCUUGGAGAGCAGACUGAUCAAGGUUCAAUACAAAUACCCUCCAGAGAUGAGAGCACUUCAUUAACUGCUAAAGAAGAUGCCAGCAUACCCAGAUCUAUAUUAGGAGACUUGGACACAGUUACAGGGCUGGAGAAGGAACUGAGUAAUGCCAAGGAGGAACUUGAACUCAUGGCUAAAAAAGAGAGAGAGAGUCAGAUGGAGCUUUCUGCUUUACAGUCGAUGAUGGCUGUACAGGAGGAAGAGCUGCAGGUGCAGGCUGCUGAUCUGGAGUCCCUGACAAGGAACAUUCAGAUAAAAGAGGAUCUCAUAAAGGACCUGCAAAUGCAACUAGUAGAUCCUGAAGACAUACCAGCUAUGGAACGCCUCACCCAAGAAGUCUUAAUUCUUCGGGAAAAGGUGGCUUCAGUAGAAUCCCAGGGUCAAGAAAUUUCAGGAAACCGAAGACAACAAUUGCUGCUCAUGCUGGAAGGACUAGUAGAUGAACGGAGUCGACUUAAUGAGGCCUUACAGGCUGAGAGACAGCUCUAUAGCAGUCUGGUGAAAUUCCAUGCCCAUCCCGAGAACUCUGAGAGAGACCGAACUCUGCAGGUGGAACUGGAAGGGGCCCAGGUGUUACGUAGUCGACUAGAAGAAGUUCUUGGAAGAAGCCUGGAGCGUUUGAGCAGGCUGGAGACCCUGGCCGCCAUUGGAGGAGCAGCUGCAGGGGAUGACACGGAGGAUGCCAGCACUGAGUUCACGGACAGUAUCGAGGAGGAAGCUGCCCACAACAGCCACCAGCAACUCAUCAAGGUGGCUUUGGAGAAAAGUCUAGCAACUGUGGAGCCGCAGGACCUCUCUCUUGUCCCUCCUUCCCCACCAGGCGAGGACAGCCACAGGUGUUUUCAGGAGGAAAUUCUCCACCUGAAGGCUGAGGUCCACCAGCACUUGGAGGAGAAGAGAAAAGCCGAGGGGGAACUUAAGGAGCUAAAAGCUCAAAUUGAGGAAGCCGGCUUCUCCUCUGUGGCUCAUAUCAGGAACACCAUGCUGAGCCUGUGCCUGGAGAACGCCGAGCUGAAAGAGCAGAUGGGAGAAGCCAUGUCUGAUGGAUGGGAGAUGGAGGAGGACAGGGAGCAGGGCGAGGGGAUGGGGCACACUGCGCCUGCCCAGGAGGCUCCCAAGGGGAACAGCCUUCAGGCUGAGUUCCGAAAGCUCCAGGGAAAACUGAAGAAAGCCCACAACAUCAUCAGCCUCCUCAAAGAACAGCUGCUUCUGAGCCCCAAGGAAGGGAAGAGCGAGCUCACCGCCGCCCUCCUCCGGCCCCUGGCUGUGGAGUCGAACUCAGGCCCGGCUUGUUCUCCUGGCAAACGCCCAUGCCCAGAGCAGGAGCCUGCAACCGCCAGAGCAGCCCGCAGACCCCAGAGCCUCGAUCUCCCGGCCAGCCUUGCUGUGGAGGCCCCCCAGUCCCACCAGUGUGAAGCCCAGACCCCUGGGCCUCAGUCAGAAUCCAGCCUGCCCAGUUCCACCAAGCACCUGCGCUCCCAGCUGGCGCAGUGCAGACAGCAAUACCAAGACCUCCAGGAGAAGCUGCUGAUCUCCGAAGCCACAGUCUUUGCCCAGGCAAACCAGCUGGAGAAGUACAGGGUCCUGUUCAGCGAAUCCCCAGUGCAGCAGGACAGCAAGCAGGUCCAGGUGGAUCUACAGGACCUGGGCUAUGAGACGUGCGGCCGCAGCGAGAAUGAGGCCGAGCGGGAGGAGAGCACCAGCCCUGAGUGUGAGGAGCAAUACAGCCCCAGGAGCUCGCUGGUGCUCACGGAAGGCCUAGGUUCUCUGCAGGGCCCUCUGAGCCCCACCCCGGCCGCUCCUUCGGGGAAGAAGCUUUGGGAGAGCCACCUAGGGAAGCAGGAGGAGUUCCAGGCCUACGGAAAGUCCGAAGACAUCGCUGUCCUGAGAAAGGACAUCAAGGAUCUGAAAGGGCAGCUGCAGUAUGCGCACAAGGUCAUCCAGAAUCUCAAGAGCAGGGUCCGCUCCCUCUCGGUGACGAGCGAUUACUCCUCGAGCCUGGAAAGACCUCGAAAGCUGAGAGCAGUUGGCACCUUGGAAGGCUUCUCGCCUCACAGUGUCACCGACGAGGACGAGGGCUGGCUGUCGGACGGCACUGGCGCGUUCUAUCCCCCUGGACUUCAGGCCCGGAAGGAUCUGGAGAGUCUCAUCCGGAGAGUGUCCCAGCUGGAGGCUCAGCUUCCAAAAACUGAAGUAGAGGGGAAGCUGGCCGAGCAGCCACAGCCAGCCUCGUGGCCCGGGAAAUACGAUUCCUUGAUUCAGGACCAGGCCCGAGAACUUUCAUACCUGCGGCAAAAGGUCCGAGAAGGGAGGGGUCUCUGCUACCUUCUCACCCAGCACGCCAAAGACACGGUGAAGUCUUUUGAGGACCUGCUGAGGAGCAACGACAUCGACUACUACCUGGGCCAGAGCUUCCGGGAGCAGCUCGCCCAGGGGAGCCAGCUGACCCACAGGCUCACCAGCAAACUCAGCACCAAGGAUCAUAAGCAUGAGAAAGAACAGGCUGGACUUGAACCACUGGCCCUCAGGCUUAGCAAGGAGCUCCAGGAGAAGGAGAAGGUCAUUGAAGUCCUGCAGGCCAAGCUGGAUGCUCAGUCUUUCUCGCCUCCCUGCAGCCACGCCUUGUCAGACUCCCACCGCUCUGCCAGCACUGCCUCCUUCUUAUCGGAUGAGCUGGAAGGCUGCUCUGACAUGGACGUAGCCAGCGAGUACACAAACUACGAAGAGAAGAAAGCUUCCCCUGGCCAUUCAGAUUCCAUCCAUCAUUCAAGUCAUCCCGCCGUACUGUCUUCUAAACCAUCAACAACCAGUCCAUCUCAAGGGGUUCAGGCCGGAUCCACCAGCAACCCUAUCAGCCUGCCAACUCCCCAGAGCCCCCCCCAGGAGAACAGCCAGGCCCAACCAGGUGUUGGCACGGUGCCUCCUACGCCCACAGCUCCAUUGCUAAGCACCCGUUCCCACGCCAGCUCCUCCCCCUACCUCGGCCCCGCCCACUCCCCCAGGAGGGGCCCCCAAGAACUGGGACAAAGCCUGGAGCCUGGGUGCCAGUGGGACAUGCUGAGGCCCCAAAAAGGGAGUGUGUGUGGAGGUUUGUCUUCAGGCUCGUCCAUGUACCAGCUUACCUCCAAGCCCACAGGCGCCGAUCUGCUAGAAGAGCACUUGGGGGAGAUCCGGAACCUGCGCCAGCGGCUGGAGGAGUCCAUCUGUGUCAAUGACCGGCUGCGAGAGCAGCUGCAGCACCGCCUGAGCUCUACCACCCGAGGGAGCGGAUCCACCCCUCACUUUGGUGGUCAGGGCCUGGAUUCCAUGUCCCAGCUCUGUAAUGAGAACAGAGUCCUCAAGGAAGAAAACCGGAGCCUUCAGGCUCAGCUGAGUCACAUUUCCAGAGGACACUCCCAGGAGAUGGGACAUCUGAGGGAGGCUCUGCUCUCUGCCCAGUCCCGACUCCAAGAGCUGGAGAAGGAGCUGGAGCGGCAGAAGGGGUCAAAGCAGCAGCUGCUGGAAGACUUGCAGGAGAAGCAGCAGGAGGUCUUGCGGUUCAGGGAGGAACGCCUUUCCCUCCGGGAAAAUGACUCCAGGCUGCAGCACAAGCUGACUCUGCUACAGCAACAGUGUGAGGAAAAGCAGCAGCUGUUCCGCACCCUGCAGUCGGAGCUUCAGAUCUACGAGGCACUUUAUGGAAAUUCUGAGCAAAGCCUGAAAGCUUCCAGCCUGGACACCCAGACUCAGGUCCCUGUGAACGGCGACUUGAGCCACCUAGUGGCAGAGAUUCGUGCUCUGAGGGCACAACUGGAGCAAAGCAUUCAGGUGAACACCGGCCUGCGGCUGCAGCUGGAGCAACAACUGGAUGGUGGAGUUGGCAAAGCCAGCCUCAGCCCCUCCAGUAGCCAGGGCUUCCCCGCCAAUGCCAAGCCCAGCGACCAGCCUCCACUCUUUCAAGAUUCAGCUGCUUCCCCACCAGUACGGGAUGUUGGUCUGAGUUCCCCAGCUCUGGUCCUCCCCGACAACUCUUCCUCUGCCCCUGGGUCAGAUGCCGCCAGGGUCACCAGGACAAAGGAGCCGGGCUCAGAAGCUUCUCCAGCGAGGAGGGACGGUCCUGUGCUGGAGGGUGAGGCCACGGAUGGCUGCUUUGCCAACAAGAACGGCCGCCAUGUCAUAGGCCACGUGGACGACUACAGUGCUCUAAGGCGGCAGAUUGGGGAGGGCAAACUGCUGGUCCAGAAGAUUCUAUCCCUUCUGCUGCCGGCAUGCGCCUUCCCUGGCCUUGAACCUCAGCACACAGAGGUGCGGAGCAGCACAGGUGCCCGUGAGCUCCGGAGCAGCGCGGGAGCCCUGAGCCGCAGCCUGGACGAGGCAGCCGCCCUCCUCUCCAUGUUUUGGAGAGCGGCAUUGCCCAGCUCCCGAGGUCCUGUGCCAUCGGGCAAAGUGGGAGCGUCCGUGGAGAGGGAGCUGCAGGACCUGCGAAGCCAGGUGUCCACGCAGGAGAAGCUCCUCCAGAGCUCGGCCGAGCGCCUGCAGGCCGCCAGCCGGCAGAGGGAGGCCAUGGAGCACUUCAUCGUCAGCCAGCUGACAAGGACACAUGACGUUUUGAAGAAAGCAAGGACAAAUUUGGAGGUGAAAUCCUUCGGGGUUCUGCUGUGCACGCCAGCCCUGUGACCCUCGCCUUCCAGGACCUGUGAACCCUUGCCCUCCAGGAGCCAGCCGGGAAGUGAAGCCAGCCAGCUGGCCUGCACAUGGCUGCCAGAGCUGGAAGCCGGGGCCCACGCCCAUCCGGGGCAGCUCCCCAUGUGCUGAAGGGGUGACCCCACUCUCUCCAAAGUGUGGGAGAGGCAGAGCCAGCAAGGCGUUGAGGACUUCAUGGCAGUGACAGAAUACCAUCGCCACAGUCUGCACACCCAGGACUAAGCAGGGCCCACGCAGAUGGCGCCGAGGACGUUGCAGUGCUGCUCUUGAGAGUGCAGGCCCCACGCCGUCAGCUGUACACACUCCACACACUCAGGGGAAAUAGGGCCCUGCCUCCUACAGAGGGGCACAAGACCCCGACAGGGGAGGCCCCAGGGCAGCAAUAGGGGCACACUGCUGAGCCCACAGAUCUGCACCUGACCUUGGCAGCACCCGGGGCCUCCAUGGCCACGCGGGGACCCUGGGGAUUUCCAUGCAGCCCCCUCAUGUUUAGCCGAGCACCUUCUGUUUUCUUCAUACAACCUCCAAAUAGGCAACCCCAGUUUGGCAUCCUAACUUCCCGUGCAGAAAUGGAGGCUGGUGCCACACCAAGCUUUUCGAAUGUCUGGCACACGGCAGACAAACAGCAGACGUUCAGCAGACCGGGCGCCCAGGGAAGGAGGCCGGCCAGGCCAGUGCCGCCUCGCUGGUGCUUAGCGUGUGUGGGCAUGUGUGUAUAAAUGUAUGAUAGACAUUGCUAGAUAUGGCUGCAGCCUUGAAAUUGAAGCCAACACGCAGACCCACAAAUGAGAGGAAAUAAA